AAACCACAACCCUUGCCUCUAUAUUCUGUUUGUUUGUGCGGCCCCUUCUCACCCUCACCACACCAUCCCCUGCGAGUCUGCGACGCAGCUUACCAUCUCACUCUUCAGAAUCAUUUGAUUCCAAGUGCUUUGUUUUGGGUCACCAUACCAUAAAUGGCAGCAUCAUCAGCAUGCCUACUGGGAAAUGGUUUGUCCACCUGCACUACUAAACCAAGAUUGAGCAAGGAGUUUUAUGGUAGGCAUCUAUUUCCUUCCUCAAGCCUUCCAUCAUUGGGCAAGGCAUCUAAAACAGUUUUUGUAAAAGCAUCUCUGGACCAAAGGUGGAAUGAAGGAAGAAGAGGCUUUCUUAAGUUGUUGCUUGGAAAUGUGGGUGUUGGUGUACCUGCGUUACUCAGUGGUGGGAAUGCUUAUGCUGAUGAACAAGGUGUCUCUUCCUCCAGAAUGUCUUAUUCUAGGUUUUUAGAGUAUUUGGACAAGGGCAGGGUGAAAAAAGUAGAUUUAUUUGAGAAUGGAACCAUAGCUAUUGUUGAAGCUGUUUCUCCAGAGUUGGGUAACCGGGUGCAGCGAGUUCGCGUGCAACUCCCUGGACUCAGUCAGGAGCUCCUUCAGAAGUUCAGGGAAAAGAACAUUGACUUUGCUGCACAUAAUGCUCAGGAGGACUCCGGUUCUCUAUUAUUCAACUUGAUUGGGAAUCUCGCUUUCCCACUAAUUUUAAUUGGGGGUCUGUUCCUUCUAUCAAGGCGCUCCUCUGGAGGAAUGGGAGGUCCGGGAGGUCCUGGAUUCCCCCUUGCCUUUGGUCAGUCUAAAGCUAAGUUUCAGAUGGAACCAAACACUGGGGUUACGUUUGAUGAUGUAGCAGGAGUAGAUGAAGCAAAGCAGGAUUUCAUGGAGGUGGUCGAGUUUCUAAAAAAGCCUGAGAGAUUCACUGCAGUUGGGGCCCGCAUUCCUAAAGGAGUCCUUCUCGUGGGUCCUCCAGGAACUGGGAAGACCCUGCUAGCAAAGGCGAUUGCAGGUGAAGCAGGUGUUCCGUUUUUCUCCAUCUCAGGUUCGGAGUUUGUUGAGAUGUUUGUUGGGGUUGGUGCCUCUCGAGUUCGUGAUCUUUUCAAGAAGGCCAAGGAGAAUGCUCCCUGCAUUGUAUUUGUUGAUGAAAUUGAUGCCGUUGGGCGGCAGAGAGGAACUGGAAUUGGAGGAGGGAAUGAUGAAAGGGAACAGACCCUCAACCAGCUUUUGACGGAAAUGGAUGGUUUUGAGGGCAACACCGGUAUCAUAGUUAUUGCAGCAACUAACCGGGCAGACAUUCUUGACUCUGCCUUGUUGAGACCUGGACGAUUUGAUAGACAGGUAACUGUUGAUGUUCCAGAUAUACGGGGAAGAACUGAGAUCUUAAAGGUUCAUGCGAGCAACAAGAAGUUUGAUGCUGAUGUCUCUCUUGAUGUGAUAGCCAUGAGAACACCUGGUUUUAGCGGAGCAGAUCUUGCAAACCUCUUAAAUGAGGCAGCUAUAUUGGCUGGUCGACGUGGGAAGACAGCAAUCUCAUCCAAAGAGAUUGAUGAUUCAAUUGAUAGGAUUGUGGCUGGAAUGGAAGGAACAGUUAUGACUGAUGGGAAGAGCAAAAGUCUGGUGGCAUAUCAUGAAGUCGGCCAUGCCAUCUGUGGAACUUUGACUCCAGGGCAUGACCCUGUUCAAAAGGUCACCCUUGUACCACGUGGUCAAGCGCGAGGUCUUACAUGGUUCAUUCCUGCAGAUGACCCAACCUUGAUAUCUAAGCAGCAACUCUUUGCAAGAAUUGUUGGUGGACUGGGUGGAAGAGCAGCUGAGGAAGUGAUAUUUGGUGAGCCUGAGGUGACCACAGGUGCAGCCGGUGAUUUGCAGCAGAUCACCGGUUUGGCCAAGCAGAUGGUUACCACAUUUGGAAUGUCUGAAAUUGGCCCAUGGUCGCUGAUGGACUCGUCAGCCCAGAGCGCUGAUGUCAUUAUGAGAAUGAUGGCCAGGAACUCAAUGUCAGAAAAGCUUGCUGAAGACAUAGAUGCUGCUAUCAAGAGGAUUUCUGAUAGCGCGUAUGAGAUCGCAUUGAACCACAUAAGAAACAACCGCGAGGCAAUGGACAAGAUUGUGGAAGUACUCCUUGAGAAGGAAACAAUGAGUGGAGAUGAAUUCCGUGCAAUCCUGUCUGAAUUUGUCGAAAUUCCAGCUGAAAACCGGGUUCCUUCAGUACCAUCUCCGGUGACUGUAUAAUAAUAUAUACUGUAUCCUAAACUGUAAUUUACACUUACCAUGUAACUAGGAACAACCACUAAUUGCAACUUACACGGGACUAUACAUCUUUGAAUGAUUCUCCUUUGUCCCCUUGUGGACCUUGCUAUACUUAAAUGGCAAGUCUGAUUUGGAGAAAUAUUUGUGCUUCAUAA